UCCCUCUCUCCUCGCCCGCUGGGUGCUGAAGUUGGGCGGAUGGCAGCAAACCGGCUCCGCUAGAGGACCGAGCAGCCCAGCCUCGCGCCCCCGGACCCAUCGGUGCGCCGCCCACACCUCCAGGCGACUAGCCAGUCGGGUACUGAAGUAGCUGAAAUGCGAAAAAGGCAGCAGUCACAAAAUGAAGGAACACCUGCUGUGUCUCAAGCGCCUGGAAACCAGAGGCCCAACAACACAUGUUGCUUUUGUUGGUGCUGUUGUUGCAGCUGCUCCUGCCUCACCGUUAGGAAUGAAGAAAGAGGGGAAAAUGCUGGAAGACCCCCACUUACUACAAAAAUGGAGAGCAUCCAGGUUCUAGAGGAAUGCCAAAACCCCACCGCAGAGGAAGUCUUGUCCUGGUCUCAAAAUUUUGACAAGAUGAUGAAGGCCCCAGCAGGAAGAAACCUUUUCAGAGAAUUCCUCCGGACAGAAUACAGUGAAGAGAACCUACUUUUCUGGCUUGCUUGUGAAGACUUAAAGAAAGAGCAGAACAAAAAAGUAAUUGAAGAAAAGGCCAGAAUGAUAUAUGAAGAUUACAUUUCUAUACUAUCACCAAAAGAGAGGUUCUUGAACUCCCCAUUCAGUGCUUGGGAAACAAAUCCUCGCCGCCAGCAGAGCGGCAACUUGCUGCUUUCCCCUUCUAGCCCAACAUGCCGCCGGGGCACGUUUGGUGAGGCCCAGGUUCUCCCGCAGUUACGGGCUGACAGCCCAGCCCCUACUGUUUUCUGUUCGGCCACCUCAACUUUUGGCCUCCGGGAAUUCUCCAGCAUCUUCAGCCUUAGCCGGAAGUUCCCACCAAAGCUUCCGGGAGGCCCUAUAACACAGCGCGUGCGCAGGGCAGGCCUUGGUCUCCCUCGCUCCUAUUUCCGAGUUCCGUGUGGUAUCGCGAGACCUGCUGUCCGGAACUUCCUGUCCUGGUCGUGCUCCGCGAUCUCAGAGUAG